CUGACUACAGGCAUUGUACAUUCGAGACAUCCAUAUGCAGGGGAAAUGCAGUAUUGGGCAUUCAUACUUUUCAUUACCCCUGGUUGCUUCGCCGCCGUCGUCCCGAAAGCGGAAAACCAUAUACCCUGGAGCUCUGGAGUCCUGGCUCAAUUACAUCCAGAAGAAGGAAUAGAGGGCAGCAAUGGACGAUACAUCUUCGAGAACGGGCAAGACAUCAAGCUCUUCUGCACUGUGACCGAAGCUGGGUUAAACGAGGGACUCAAUAUCUCUGACCUCAGACUCGAGACGCCUUCUGGUGACAUCGUAAAACCAAAUUCCACGUCGAAUAACGUAACGGUGUCCUUCAUCAUCGCUAAUGCAUCUGCGAACGAUUCCGAGCUGGAAUCUUGGCGAUGCUGGUCGAAGCAGAUGAAGGUGCUCAUUUGCACUUGGUCAAUACCAAAGAAUCCCGUUUGGACGGAUUACGUUUUCUACAUCCAGACCGAUGGGAAGAAGAUGGCAGAAUGCCGGCGAAAGAACGCAACAGUAGAUGGGAAGGCGAUAUGCGAAUGGUCGAAAAAUGGCACGCCUCCCUAUAAUCCUGGUGAGACAGAUAUGAACAUCACAGUGGCUGCCAAAAAUCCGUUUGGCAAUGCAAUCUUCAUCUACCCUUUUGAUCACUACCGGAACAUUAAGAUCGAUAUGUUGGAUGACGUUGCCGUUGGGGAAUUGGGCGAGGAGACACUGGACGUCACCUGGAAUAUCCCGGGUAACAUGGAGUACUACAACGUCUCCAUCGUCCAUAACAUCCGAUGGAUACACGAAUGGAAGGACGAGCUCCAAUAUGCCAACGUGGUGAAUUACACGAUCCAAGGAAAUUCCCUAAGAAUGUCCUGGAAUUAUACAUUAACGGGCCUUAUACCGAAUACCGACUAUAAAGUCGAGAUUAGGGCCAUUGUCGAUGGAGCAGAGUUCUCUGACCUCUGGUCCAAUUCUUCAAUGGUGGAAGGCAAAACCAAGUCAAAAGUUCCAGAUAGGAGCCCAGAUGUGCCCCCGGGGAGCUUCUACGUGAAGAGAAAUGAUGAUGGCCUCAGGGAUAUUCAUAUUUACUGGAUCCCAUUGAGCGAGUGGGAACAUUACGGCGACAACUUCACCUACCGAGUAGAAGGGCAGGAAAUAUCGUCACCAGGAAAGGAACUCCAGCCGACAUCUAUGACGGAAACGUCCGCCACCUUCAAGAACCUAAGUGCUGAAUCAUUUUACAAAUUCUACAUCGUUUCCAGCAACGAAUUAGGAAUGGCUCCUCCACGGUCCAGCAUUGAUGUCGACAAGGAAGAGGACAGAAUUCCUUGCCCAACGAUCCAGACCUUCCAAUCUGACGGAGAAUAUAUCUUGGAAUGGAAGGCACUCGAUGAGGAGAGGACGACGAAUUUCACAGUAUUUUGGUGUCUUUCUCACCCGGCCUGGCCCACCUGUGAUUCCAGUAUCAACUGGGAAGUCGUUCCGAGGAACACCACCACAUUUAAACUGAAGUCUAACGAAUCACUCAAAUUCGCCGUCUCGGUCAACGCGGAGUCCGGGGGGAGUGGAAUGGGCUGGGAGAAGACCGUGUUUGAGCCAGAAGCAGAUCAGAAUUUCCCUGUGGCAGUUGUGGUGAUCGCUGUCGUUUUAGGAAUGGCCCUGGUCGUAACAGCUGCACUGGGGGGCAACAGGAUCUUCAAGAAAGUAGACAGAAGCAUGAUGAUGAUGGAGAAGCUGCUAGGCCCGAAUACCAAGUCUCAAUCAGAUCCCGCAACCAAGACACAAAGCCAAGUUCAAGCAUGCGUCGCAUCCAGUGAAGAAGAUACAAAAUACAUUUGUGUUGACCUUGAGGAUGAAGAAAAUGCAUCUAAGGAAGAACAUGAUGACGACAGGUUUCUCGGCAGUGAUUAUGAUGUGUCCCUUGAUGAAGGGGAACUCAUGAAGAAAUUUGACAGCAUCCGAAUGGCGACGCUAAAGAAAGUCCAAAGCAUUGCUUACGUUCAAGCCAGUGCUUUGCCCGCACAAAAACAAGCAAGUUCCUUACAUCUCACCACAAACUCUGAAUUGGAGGCGAGUCCCCAAGGAAAGGGUCAGGAACAUAGAGGGGAAUCUAUGCAAAGUGCUGCAUCUUGUGAGAGUCCUUAUGUGGAAGUAGGAGCUUUGUCGUGA